AUGGCUGCAAUUGUCCAGAACUCGGCGAACUCCAUUGCCCUGAAUGGAAAUCAGGGUGCUGCUGAAGGCAUUCCUAAUGACGGCACCGGUGUCGUGAAACUCGACCCGUGGCUGUCGCCUUUCCAAGAAUCCCUCAAGAGGCGCUACAGUCGCGCUCAGGACUGGAUCAAGAAACUAAACGACACUGAGGGCGGCAUUGACAAGUUCUCCAAGGGCACCUCGAUCUUUGGGUUCAAUGUAGACCAGGACAACAACAUCAUCUACAGGGAGUGGGCUCCCAAUGCCAUCCGGGCUUUCCUGACUGGUGACUUCAAUGACUGGAACAGAAGUUCCCAUGAGAUGAAAAAGAACAACUUUGGCGUGUUCGAAAUUGUUGUUCCUGCCGUAAAUGGCCAAGCUGCAAUUCCUCACAACUCUAAAGUCAAGAUUUCCUUGGAACUCCCGAAUGGCGAGCGCGUUGACCGUCUCCCCGCAUGGAUCAAAUAUGUGACGCAAGACUUGUCCAUCUCUCCUGCGUACGAAGCCCGAUUCUGGAACCCGCCUGCGGCGGAAAAAUAUGAGUUCAAGCACCCGAGACCGCAGAAGCCCCGAAGUGCUCGCGUUUACGAGGCUCACGUGGGAAUAUCCUCGCCCGAAUUGAGAGUUGCGACUUAUAAAGAGUUCACCCACAACAUGCUACCUCGGAUCAAGAAUCUCGGCUACAAUGUGAUCCAGCUCAUGGCAGUUAUGGAACACGCCUACUACGCCAGUUUUGGUUAUCAAAUCAACAACUUCUUCGCCGCCAGCAGCCGGUAUGGCCCCCCUGAAGACCUCAAGGAACUGGUCGACACUGCCCACAGCAUGGGUAUUGUCGUGCUCCUUGAUGUUGUUCACAGCCACGCCUCCAAGAAUGUACUUGACGGACUGAAUGAAUUCGAUGGUACUGAUCAUCAAUACUUCCACGAGGGUGGUCGUGGCCGACACGAGCUGUGGGACAGCAGGCUGUUCAACUACGGCCACCACGAGGUCAUGAGGUUUCUACUCAGCAACCUGCGAUUUUGGAUGGAUGAAUAUCACUUUGAUGGUUUCCGGUUCGAUGGUGUUACAAGCAUGUUGUAUCUCCACCACGGUAUUGGAACUGGCUUUUCUGGGGGUUAUCAUGAGUACUUCGGUCCCGACGCCGACGAGGAGGCUAUUGUCUACCUUAUGAUCGCCAACGAGAUGCUUCACUCGCUAUACCCUGAAGUUAUCACUGUAGCUGAAGAUGUGUCUGGCAUGCCCGCCCUCUGCCUUCCUCUAUCCCUGGGAGGUGUUGGAUUCGACUAUCGUCUCGCUAUGGCCAUUCCGGACAUGUGGAUCAAGAUUCUCAAGGAAGUCAAGGAUGAGGACUGGGACAUUGGUAACAUUUGCUUCACCCUAACCAACAGAAGGCACGGCGAGAAGACUAUUGCAUAUUGCGAGAGUCACGACCAAGCGCUUGUGGGUGACAAGACUCUUAUGAUGCAUCUGUGUGAUGCUGAGAUGUAUACCAACAUGUCUACUUUGACUCCUUUGACGCCAGUCAUUGACCGUGGUAUGGCUCUGCACAAGAUGAUUCGCCUUUUGACCCAUGGCCUUGGCGGUGAAGGCUAUCUCAAUUUCGAAGGCAAUGAAUUUGGUCAUCCUGAGUGGCUGGAUUUCCCUCGGGAGGGCAAUCAAAACUCCUUCUGGUAUGCUCGUCGCCAGCUGAAUCUCACUGAGGACCAUCUACUCCGUUACAAGUUUCUCGACCAUUUUGAUCGUCUAAUGAACACCACGGAGGGGCAGUAUGGUUGGCUGGCAGCGCCUCAAGCUUACAUCUCACUGAAACACGAGGGAGACAAGGUUAUCGUCUUUGAGAGAGCAGGUGUAGUUUUCAUCUUCAACUUUCACCCUGAGAGAAGUUAUACCGACUACAGAAUUGGCAUCGAUGUUCCCGGAUCUUACAAGGUCAUUCUUAACACCGACUCCAAGGAUGUUGGUGGACAUGGCCGAGUUGAUGAAAACACCCGAUUCUUCACCACGCCUAUGGAGUGGAAUAACCGGAAGAACUGGACUCACAUUUACAUCCCAAGUCGAUCUGCAUUGGUGCUCGGCUUGGAGUCUCCCAUUUCUCAGCAAUCUUAG